GCCAUCUACAACAUCUCCUCGUUUCUGCAUCGCCGUCUCCCUCCAUCCUCUCCAUCGCCAGCGGUCUCUUUGCCGGAAUCAAAAGCCGCCCGCUGCCGACGAUCUCCGGCGUUGUCUUUCUCGGAACCAGAGUUAGAAGCGUCCUUCUGCAGACGACCUAUCUUUCCCGUCCCUAGGUCAGAUCUCAUUCCAGGAUGAAGAAUCAUUAUUUAGUCAAAGCUACACAGAAAAUGUGAAGCACGCAGAUAAGAAGUCUAUUCAGACCGAGGAAAGAAAGCCAUUAAAGCGCAAGAGUGAUAGAUCCUCACGGAAGUUUUCGAAUAAUGAGAUAAGAAAUGCUACUGCUCGUGAAGAUCCAGAAAAAAUACUCCCAAAACAGGUCUUAUCCUUUCCGUCAGUACACUCCAUAAGUGCUUCCUCCGCACAACAAUUGGCUCAUAUGUCUGGAUUGGAUAUGAUACCUCCCCACAAUAACACGGCAUUCAACAUGUCUUCGUCACCUCAUGGGUUUUAUUCUACUCCAAUGUAUGGAGUAAUUCCUACGUAUCCGCACUUGCCUUCAUCGUCAAUUCUUCCAAUGCAUAAUUCAAUGAGUUAUGGUGCUUUACUCCAGCAAGUAAUGAAUCCUAUGAAUCCUGGCAAUUUUAGUGAGCAUGUUGGAUGUACUUCAGUCCAAAAGAAUUUGGAGCAAAAAUAAUGAAUUCUUAGAUAUUAUCAUUGAACACAGAAUAGGCUGGGCAGAGGACACCGAGACAAACUUCAGCAAUUUAGGGCAAUAACCAGGGCUAGAACACGGAAGGAAGUAUUUCGCCUGUUUCUUGAUCAUCAGUGGUGGAGGCUGAGCUAUUGAAGACUGAUUUCAUAAUUGGGUGAAAAUAUGAUUUAUUUUUAUAACUGAUUAAUUACAUACUUAAGCAUUACAAACUAUUUUAUUAUGUUACAGUUUCCUCCUGGUACACCCAUUUAAGCAUGAAACUUUACUAGACAUUACCUUACAAAUUCUUGGUAUUUGUAGCCAAUUUUUGUCCAGUUCUAUGUUUGGUCUAAUGUUGCUAUAGUAAAAAAUGCUUGAUAGCAGA